UGUUGGAGAUCUGGUGGUAGCGGCUCGGGAGGUUCUCGCUCUCUCAGCCUCACUCUCUCACUCGCUUCCCCUAGUUCCCUUCGGUGGCCCCCCCCCCCCGGUUCCCUGCGUGCCGGAGUGUGUUCGAGGGAGGGGGAGGGCCUCGGGGGGGGUGGGGGGAGGCUUUCUGGUUUGGGAGACCGGCGGUGGGAGGCAUAGGCUGAGGCUGAGAGGGAAUCCGGAAAGCCAUGGACGUCGAGAGGCUGCAGGAAGCGCUGAAAGAUUUUGAGAAGAGGGGGAAAAAGGAAGUUUGUCCUGUCCUAGAUCAGUUUCUUUGUCAUGUAGCCAAGACUGGAGAAACAAUGAUACAGUGGUCCCAGUUUAAAGGCUAUUUUAUUUUCAAGCUGGAGAAAGUGAUGGAUGAUUUCAGAACUUCAGCUCCUGAACCAAGAGGUCCUCCCAACCCUAAUGUUGAAUAUAUUCCUUUUGAUGAAAUGAAGGAAAGAAUACUAAAAAUUGUCACUGGAUUUAACGGUAUUCCUUUUACUAUUCAGCGACUAUGCGAAUUGCUAACGGAUCCAAGGAGAAACUAUACAGGAACAGACAAGUUUCUCAGAGGAGUAGAAAAGAAUGUGAUGGUUGUUAGCUGUGUUUAUCCUUCUUCAGAGAAAAACAAUUCUAAUAGUUUAAAUCGAAUGAAUGGUGUUAUGUUUCCUGGAAAUUCACCAAGUUAUACUGAGAGGUCAAAUAUAAAUGGUCCUGGAACACCUAGGCCAUUGAAUCGAUCAAAGGUUUCUUUGUCAGUCCCUAUGACAACAAAUGGCUUGCCUGAGAACAUAGACAGUAAAGAUUCAAACUUACAGCAGAAUGAAGAUAAAAACCAUAGUGACUCUCCAAAAUCUGAAUCAGAAGGUUCCUCAGUAAGCCCUAUUAAAAAUAAACAUCCAGAUGAAGAUGCUGUGGAGGUUGAAGGUCAUGAAGUAAAAAGACUUAGAUUUGACAAAGAAAGUGAAGUAAAAGAGACAGCCAGUCAAACAACUUCCAGUGAAAUUUCUUCAGUUAUGUUAGAAGAAACAGAAGCAUCAUCUCCAUCUCAGAAUAAAGAUACAGAAAGUAGUUAUACCAAACAGCACUGUUCAGAAGAGGAUGAAGAUGAGGAUGAAAAGGAAGAAGAAGAAGUGUCUUUUGUGACAUCAGGAGAAAUGAUUGGAGAAAGAAAAAAUCAAGAAAAAGAAUCUGAUGAUGCCUUAACUGUGAAUGCAGAGACUUCUGAAGAAAAUAAUCACAUGGAGGAAUCUGAUCUGUCUCAAGCUGAGAAAGUUUUACAUUCUGAAGGUAGUGAAAAUAGAAGCCUUGUAAGUAGUGAUUCUGACUGCCAGGAAACAGAAGAAUUGAUAGAUUCCAACUCCAGUAAAAUUGGAGAGAGUCUUUCAAAGUCAUUAAUGGAAAAUGAUGAAGCCAUAGAAGUCACAGAUGAACCGAUGGAACAAGACUAA